AUGUUGCAAGCUUGCAGUCGCAAAUUAGCGACUGCUGUAGCUUCGCCAAUUUAUACAAAACGACGACGAAAAUCAAAAAAAACUAUUUCGAAUCAUACUAUUAUUGCUGCUACAUCAUUUUUAUCUAAAAAAUAUGGUCUUGUACCAUGUUUUUGCAAACAUGAUCCAGUACAAAUGAUAAAAAGUUCUCAAACAUUAAUAUUACCUAGAUCGUCAAAUGCAUUUUGGCAUCGAAAAAGUAAAUCGAAAGCUAAAUUAAUUGGUGAAAAACAACAACGAAAUAAUUCAACUGCGUUUGAAAAUCAACAAACAAGUUCUUCACGUUCUCAUCAUUUUCAAAAAUUUCGAAAGUCUAUUAUUCAACGAUUUAAACGCAAUAAUAAACAAAAAAUGCCAACGAUUACUGCUCGAUCUGUCAUACCUAAACGCACAAAUACUAAUCCUAUCAAACAUAGAAAUAAUGCAGAUCAUUCUCUUUUGAAUCCAUCAAAUCCUAUGGAAACAAAUUUUAAACAAUCUUCAUCAACUCAAGAUGAUAGUCAACAUACUUCGUAUGAUUCUUAUCAGGUUAUUGUACAAGAUAAUUCUAAUGAUACUAAUAAUGAAGAAGACAAAAAUGAUACAUUAGAACCACCUAUAUUAUCAUUGAAAACCGAACAACAGAAUAUCAAUGCAACGAAUAAAAUAAGUGAAACUGGUCAAGAAACAUCCCAAACAAUUAUGAACGAUCCUAAAUCAUUAAGAAAAAUAAAACAAAUUUCGGUCAUUUCUCAAAAAAAACAUUCUAAUAACACACGAAAAAUAUCUACUCGUACAACUAAUAGUUCCUCAAAAAGAAAAAUAUCAAGUAAACGAAAGCGUAUUUCAAAACGAAAAAUAUCAUCAAAAACAUCUUUAUCAAAUAAAAAACUUAUCACAACAUCAAAACCUAGGAACAUUACAGCUACUUUCUCAAUUUCUGGAUCAACAACAAAUGUUAAACGAAUGACUCAUGGACGUAGUCCUUUUUCCAAUCCAAAUGUAUUUCAUUCUAUACCACGAAUGCAAAAUUCAGAUGAAAUUACUAAAGACAAUAUACAUGAAAAUCAUCUAUGUUGUAAACCAAUUACAUCUGUUAAAGGUUUAUCAAUAGAUGAUCAAAAAAAAUUAAUCGAAAAUGAUUAUUUAACAUUAAUUUCUUUAUUACCAAUUUAUCUUGAUUCACAAGGCAAUUUUCAGCAUAAAAUUCGUGAAAAAACUAAUAUAAGUCAUGAUGGUGCUUUCGAACUCGAUCGUUUAAUGAAUGAAUGGGGUUCAGCACGAUUGUUUAUUGGUGCUAAUAAUCAUUAUAAAACAUUAUCACAAGUCAUAUGA